AUGUCCACCACAAUCCCGAACGACCCUCCUGUCGGGGUCAAUAUGUUGACUCUUCCUGCGCACACUCUCAUCAGACUUGACGGCCCUUCUGGUCCCCGUGCCAUUCAAGAAUUGAACGAGAAUGAACGCGUGGAUUACGCAUACAUCCUUCCUCGAAGGUUCAAAACAGAGAUAGCGUGCAUCACGGUUGUCAGUCUCAUGCACGCAGGAGGUUCGAGGGCACCCAGACUAGAAGAGCUCGGUAACCACGCGAUAUCCAGUUCUCUUCGACUCGAGCUUGUAGAAAAGGUCAUCACCCCCCAUGCAAAAGUGGCCGAGAAGAAUACCCUCCGUCUGGACUUUGCCUCGUAUGUCAGGGAGAUAGAAAUUGAGAAGCCCUGGGCGGUCAGCACCUUUGAUGAUGUCGUCAAACCUUUCGUUUACAAGAAGGGCAAAGAUGACCCAGGUGUUGUGGUUACCUGGGCGUAUUACAUUGCGUUCCAGCUGUUAAAAUGGGUGAGGGAGAUACACGACUCGAGGGAAGCGCUGCCCGAACUACCCGAUAUCCACCGCAAAAGGUUCAUAGGUUUAUAUCCUGUGAAGGCUCUUCGGGUGGGAGGGUUCAUCUACGACCCUUACGCUAACAUUAUCACUCCCAUUCUGCUGGUUUCUCCUCAAACGGCGAUAUGCAAGGAUACGAAACGCCACCCCGGAUUCUAG